AAUGUUUAUUUAUUUAUUUAUUUAUUUAUUAUACACGCUUUGAAGCUUCGGUGUUGAACCUAGCUUCAUAUAAGCGAGCAACACAAUACAUAUAUUAAAUAUGGCACAAUCCCGAGGGAAAGUGACGGUCGAGCUGGAACUGAAACGCGAAUGUCCAUCUGAUGAUGAAAACCCCACACUAAAUGAUUCUAAUAUUCCAGCACGGUCAGAGUCACCACCACAGGCACUAGAUUUAAACAAUUCAUUGGCAUCUGAACAGAAAAACUGCACUGCGCAGUGGUCCGUCAAGGAUGGCUGUGAGGAGGAUGAUGAUGAGAUUUGUCCGAUAAAAAUAGGGAGUCUAUGGGGGCCACAGAUGGCCCCCUGUGGUCCUAGGUGUGGAAAGAAGUGUUCAGAGAAGAUCCCAUAUGUUAGAAGAAAAGAAAUUUUUGACAUAUAUCAGGACAUGUCACACAGCGAAAAGUGGACUUUUGUAUCCCACACUGUUACUCAGUCAUUGAAGAAGCGUCUCACAACAGAUGGUCCCAGCAGGCGUAGCAAAACAUUUCAGUAUCAUCUAAAUAAUAGCCUUGGGGAACCACAAGAUGUGUGCAAACCAUUCUAUUUAACAACAUUAGGCUACCACCCAAAAAAUGACAGAGUGAUCAUCAGUGUGAUUGGCAACCCAUCCGCUACCCAGCCUCCUCAAGAUCGCAGAGGACGACAUCCACCUGCCAAUAAAUUGGAUCUAUCCCUUAUUCGUGAACACAUUGAAUCUUUCAAUCCUACAGUCAGUGCACAUGCCCCAAACAGAAGACAUUUACCGAGCAGUGUAAGCAUUAUGAAGAUGUAUAAAGAUUUUAAAAGCAAAAGUACCACCCCCUGUUCAUAUGAAACCUACAGAAAAGCCAUCAGAGACAUGAAUAUAAGCUUCACAAAACCAGGUGAGGAUGAGAAAUGCAAGAAAGAUAUCCACGGGAAGGCUGGCCAACAGUAGCAAGCAUGGGGUGUGUGCUGUCAGACUGCCCUACAUGUAAAAAUUGGGAGCACAUAUAAGAGCCAACAAAUUAGUAAAUCUGAAGCAGGUUCCCAUCCAUUGUGUUGACCUCCAGAAAGGCUGCCUCGAAUGCCAGGAGUGAAGAUUGGCACUCUCACAAAGAGCAUACUGGCCUAUCAUGAGACAUUUGCAAAGCUUGGCAAAAAGAUGAGGUUAAAGAAGAAAAGCAUCUGCUUGAAGGGAUGAUGAAUAGGUGACAUCAGGGUAUAUCUAUCCAGAGUAUAUCGGACCCCCAAAAAGUACAUAAUUUCAAAAUUGUGUCCUUGACUUUGACAUACUACUUUUGUUAAAACACAUUUUUUUCUAUUUUUAUUGAAAUAUACUGAAAGUAAAAUAAAAAAUAUAUUGAACAUUAAGUACACAUAUUCAAAUUGCAUAUUUAAAAAAAAAUGUUUAUUGCUGAACGUAAUACUGCUAAAGUCAGUAAUAUCAAAUUUUUAAUUUUUUUUUCAAUAAAAAUUAUUAUCCAUACAAUUCUGUGUAUUAGUGUUUAAUAUAAAGGUGUGACAUUUUUAAUUAUUACAGUUGUUGAGAUUAGUAUUAUUAUCAUUAUUAACACACCAUUAAUGUCAAUUAGUUCCAACCACAUCUAUUGCUGUUGGAACCCUCUAUGAACAAUGGUUCAUAUUUCCUGGUACAGCAUGUUUAAUAUUAUUUUGCAUGCAUUUUUAAAACUAUCAUAUUUAUUUGAUGACUAAUCCUAUAAUGCUGGUAAAAAGAAAAUAUAUUUUACAAAAACUUGGCCUACAAACUAGACUACAUUUUCUUGUUUAAAUUUUCUAGUACAUUAUCUUAAUGACCCAUACAUAAGUAUUGUCUUAAAAAAUGAGUAGUUGACAUCUACCAUUUAUAUUUAAAUAUCAACAAUGUUAUAUUUUAUUUAUAUAUAGAUGUCUGCCAUAAUUUUGUUUCACUGCAACUACACUUAGUCAAGCAUACAGUGGCCUCAAAAUGUUUAGCCACAGGUAAAAAUGCAUGAACCUAAUUGCAUUAAUUUAGAGAACAAAUUACCAAACUUGCAAAUAAACUAUGCUACACCUUUUCUCAGAAUUAACUUGUCUUUGCAAAACCAUUUUUACAAUUACUUUAAAUUGGCGGUGUCGGUUACCCUCAAAUUGACACAGGUACUCUUGCAGAGUGACCACACGUGUAGUUCAUCACAUGAACUUUGUUCCAAUCCAAAGACUGACAACCAAGCAUCCAAAUGAGUUUUGUCUUCAUUUUGAACAAUAUAUCUAUUGUUUUAUAUGUUGAAACCUACCAAACUUCUUUCUGUAAAGUGUUUUGUUGGAAAGGUGUUUGUGCUAUAUUUCUUUACGUUUUGUAAAAUAAAUGCCAUUUGGCCUGGAAAUGUUAUGCAUAUAUAUCUAUAUAAAUAAAAUUAAAUAACAAAAUUGUACUCCUAAUUCUGAAGAGAAAAACUAAACUAAAUGUGAUGAAAUGGCAUUCACCUCAUUUUGCCUUUAAAUCAUGCUUACAGUUAGUUGAGGUAAUACAAAGGCAAACGCAUGCAUUUUUGGGGUCAUGCAACAAUUCAUUAUUGAUGAUGGAUAACCAAUGCAUUACCAUGUGUAUGUACAACACAUCUGGCUGUUUCUCAGUUUUAGUGUUGGCUGUGUCACUGCAUUAUUCUUUUGUAGGGCAGCACUGCUUAAUGUGUCGAGCACUAGGCCACGGCUAAAACAGAACAACUGUAUGAGUAUAUCAAAGUAAUUAUAUUAUAUAAGAUUAUUUGAUAUGAGUCAAUGGUAUGCCAAACUCAAAAGUAACAUCUUUUUUUUUUUUUUU